AUGCCAAACACAACCAGUACCAACUUGGCGAAUGCUACUACAAUCGCAAAUGCUACUCAGAUAGCGAAUGCUACUGUCAUCAAUACGAGCAUGAUCAAAGUGCCUGUCACGUUCUCGAGUCCUACACCUUUCACCACCACACUCGAGGUGGCCCAAACCGCAAUAACGAAAAUCGUCACGAAUGUCACCCAGAGCGUCAUCGAGACAGAGAUUCCAGUCACCAUCAAGGACGGCGCCGUGACGUUGGUGCAGACAACAAUCCCCGUCCCAGUGCCUAGCGAGUCGGCACCGGCGGCCAAGACUCCGGUGGCAGGUAUUGCGGCGCUCUCAGCUGUAUUGGGCGUGGUUAUCAUCAUGGCUUGUAUAGCGGUACUUCUUUUGCUUCGAAAGCUCAGAAACGCGGAGAGCUCGAAUGAAAUCGAUCAGCACCAUUUGUACAGCUCUCCUGAGCUUGACAAGACGGAAGAAGGUCCAACUGUCAAGCAGCUCCAGGACCAGCUCACGUCGGUCCGUCGAGAACUCGCCAGCGUCAUGGUGUUGACUCCCUCAACGAUUCGUGACCGAUCCGACUACGCGCGUGAUCUCGAUCUCAUCAACGAUGAUAUCCGGCAAAUUUCCAUGAGAAUCACCAGGAACUCCUCUUAUUCUACUGCCCCCAAAGUUCGAAACGUCCUAUGCGCUACCCUCCGGUCGGAGAUCUUGACGAGAUUCGACGCAUCUCUCAAACCUGAAGACGAUGCCAAAUUCUCCGAGGUUAUGAGCCGUUUUCCACGAAAACAAUCCGCCCUUCUGUGGAAAGCAAUGGCUGUGCAGAAUUUGCCGGUCGCGGAUGCAAGACCAUUUGCGGAGAAGCUCGUCAUGCAACUGUCUCUCGCCGUCGGAGAGUCUGUACAUAAGGAAGAGCUCACAGCGAUGACGAAGAAUGUGUUGAGUCUCGUUAGAGCCUUAGCAGAGGAUGCCAAAGGCUACAGCCUCACGGUUGGCAAGGAUGGGCAACAAUUGGGUCUCAUAGAGCCAACUUCAGCUGCUUAA